AUGGGCGAGAGGCCUUGGACCUCACCUCGUCCCCGUUGCGAGUUACACCGGGCCCGACGACAAGAAACAAUCAUCCUCCGCCCAUGGUCAUACAGGGAGACUUCCGAAAGGUUUCGGGAAUUAGUACGGAAAUCUUCAAACAGAUAGAAACAGUAGAAAAUGACCACGAUGCUUCGACGGCGGCGGCGUUGGAGCACGUGGAGCGCCGGGGUGAGAUGAUAGUCCGCAUCUUAGACCCUCGGCAGCUGGGUAGAACUGCAGGAGAUGCUGCCAAGAGAUUCCUGUCCAUGCAGGAUGCCAAGCACAACGUCCAGUUCGUGGAGAUCGUGAAGAGACCGGGUCAAACCUUGGGUCUUUACAUUCGUGAGGGGAAUGGCAUCGAUCGUAGUGAUGGAGUCUUCAUAUCUAGGAUCGCAUUGGAAUCUGCUGUUUACAAUAGUGGAUGUCUUAAGGUGGGCGAUGAAAUUCUGGCAGUGAAUUUGGUGGACGUGACCCGAAUGAGUCUGGACGACGUCGUGAUCAUUAUGUCGAUACCUCGACGUUUGGUCCUCGCCACGCGCCAACGUAAAGGGAGCAAGGGUGGACAGAACUCGCCCAGCGUCCAACCCAGGGCCGAACACAAACCGCCACCCGUAGUUGUCAUCAAGCGUGAGCUGCGCGAAGACGAGAUUGAUGAACCGGACAUGUCUCAACACAGUAGGGAUACGAUGAGGCAAAGACAUACCGGCGAUGGAAGAGAGAUGAGCGAGUCCAGAUCAAGGCUUGGUUUAGGUCUGGAUAGUCGAGGGCACAGCGGAGGUCAGGAUACCAACGGUCUGGAGCUCUUCUACAAUUCGAGGGCUUCGGAUGCUUGGGGUUACCAACCUCCACCUCCGGUCAUCACCGAGCAGCCCAAAUCCAACAUGCAGCACUUCCAACCCUACGAACGCAGCUACCCGAACACGCUGGAGAGUCUCGCGGAGAAAGUUCACUCCUUCGGAUUACCUAACAGGAGGAUGAGCGCAGGAAACCAACCCAUGCCUCCACGAUUAUCAUCCCAACAAAGUCCCUCGUCUCAUUACUACGUACAGCACACUGGAACCGGAUCGCGUCGCAUAAUGCCCAGAUCCGGUUCAGAUCAGCAUCUUCCGCAAACCGAGUACUCGGAUUACAGCAGCAUAACUCCUGCUGGUCGUCACAGUCUGCUCAGAUCCAGCCUGAAAUCCGGAUCCACUAUGAGCAGGUACAAUCAGAGGUACGCGGAGCAGGGAUCCGUUGCCGCUCAGCUGGCCCAGGCCAAAUAUGCCAGCUCAGGUCAAUACGCAGGUGGAACGCUGACCAGGAGGAACAGGAGCAGCUUGGACUACUCCAGCGAUACAGAAGCAACAUGCGGAGGUCGUGCAGGAUAUUAUUAUUACAGCAGAAAUCAGCCCGCGGCUGCCGUUCCUCACAGCACAAUCCCAACACUAGGUAGGACGAAUCCGCUCACAUCAACGGACAUCACGACGAAAUUCAAUUCCCUUCCAAGGGACACACGCGGCGCAACCAGGUUGGCAAUGAACAAAAGGUUCGGUGGAAAUCUGCUGCAGGACGAGGCGGAUGGAAACCUAUCCGCACCUGAAAUGCCCUCAAUAAGACCCAGAGAUGAGUACAGACAAUGGCUGAGCCGGACACCGUCAACGUCUGCGAUUUACGAACAGAUUCGUGCUUCGAGGGACGUUCUGAAUCAGCAGAGGGCCGCUAGGUUCACGUACAGCGCGGAGAAUAUCCAUGCUGCCCUCAAGGAAACCGAAGGAAGCUUCUAUAGCUCGUACGGCGGAAGGCCCGGGGUCACGGCCACCUUAGAUAGGCAUUUCACGAGAUCUCAGCAUCAAACACCCGCUCGCUCAUUGUCUACACAACAUAUCACUUCAUCUUCAUCCUCAGCGUUGGCUUCCUCGCGUUCGCCUUCGAUGAGGAGGAUGAGGCAAUUAUUAGAUUUAGAUUCGGUACGCACAGGAGCUCCGAGUCCCGUUCCGACGCCAAGCGGAACACUACCCAGAGGACAGAGGCAACUUGACAUAAACCCCGCUGAAUUUUUGAAGUACAAAGUAGAUAAGCCCAGUGUGCCUGGUGGAACUUUGGGCGGUCUAUCAUCGCUGGGAUCGACGUGCGGCUUAGGGUCGACCGAGGAACCGGUGAGUGGAUUACUGUGGGUGCAUUUGCUGGCAGGAAGAGGAUUAAGGGCAUCAACCGGGACUUCCACGGCGACGACCCCCGUGACGCCGAGCGGAGGGGCGGCCCCGUCCAUAAGCACGGGCGGAUCCGCAGGCUUGAGAGAUCUCUACUGCGUCCUGGAAUGCGACCGGGUGCACAAGGCCCGAACUGUAGUCCGAACAGGAGACCUGGUCUUCGAUUGGGACGAGAGCUUCGAGCUGGACCUGGUCUACAACAGGGAGCUGGAUCUGUUAAUAUACUCGUGGGAUCCACAGUACAGGCACAAGCUGUGCUACAAGGGCUCCGUGCAUCUGGCGUCUCUGCUCAAAGCAGGACCGCUGCAUCAGCUAGCUCUGAAGAUCGAACCUAGGGGAACUCUGUACCUUCGUCUUCGACAUACAGACUCCUUCACCCUGUACAGACGCAGAGGACUUUCGAGCUUGACGUUAUCCAGAACGCAACCUCUCUUCGGAGUUGACCUCGAGAAUGUGGUCAAUCGCGAAGCGAAGACCGGUGGUGUUGCUACAGGUUUAACAUCAGCAGCUCAGCAAGUUCCGAUCAUCAUCAGGAGAUGCGUGGAGGAGAUCGAGCGUCGCGGCUUGGACAUCAUCGGGUUGUACAGGUUGUGCGGAUCGGCGACGAAGAAGAGGAUACUUCGUGAAGCCUUCGAGAGGAACAGCCGAUCCGUUGAUCUUACUCCUGACAACGUCCCCGACAUCAACGUGAUCACUGGUGUUUUAAAAGACUACCUUCGCGAACUACCCGAACCACUGUUCACCAAAUGCCUCUACCAGAUGAUGGUCGAUGCGCUCGGAGUCUGCCUCCCCGACGAUCCCGAAGGAAACGCCAAGUUGAUGUUCUCCAUCCUGGAUUGUCUUCCUAGGGCCAACAGGGCCACCCUUAUAUUCCUUAUGGAUCAUCUGGCCCUGGUGGUCUCAGCUUCCGACAGGAACAAAAUGUCCGCACAAAAUCUGGCCACGGCCCUUGCCCCAGUCUUGAUACUCCAUUCGAGCACCGACACGCAUUCCGGUGGUAGCCUCAAGCAGACCGACAUCGAUUACAAUCAACCCAUUGGCGUUUUGAAGUACCUGCUGCAGAUCUGGCCGACGCCGAAGCAUCACUCAGGUCGACGCGGCAGACAACCCGGGCCGCGUGGAGACAAUCGCAGUGUGUGUCCUCCGGGGGUGGCGGUGCAGCAGCAACAGCAGCAGGUGGUGGUGGGCCGUCCUCAAGAGCAGUCUCGGCUCUCAGCGGCUCCGUUUCCUCCUCCUCCUCGCUCUCUAGUCUCGGCCCCACGAGGCCCAGUGCCGCCGGUCCCAUCACACCAGACACUAGGCCAAUCAUCAGCAAGCAAAGGUCCUUACCGUCCGCUAUCACCGCGGGUCGGGCCGCCUCCGGCAUCGUCGGCUACGGCGGUCCAGGGAGGCCUCAAGCCGCGACAGGUGAUAGUCUCUUCGCCAGGCUCACCAAGCAGCAGCAGUGACUCCCAAUCCGGCUCCGACUCCGUCAAACACUGCCUACCAAGCCGAGUAACCUCGCCGGCCGUUAGGGCCUCGCCCUCAUCCAUUCGCAACUCACCUACCAUCCGCAAUUCGCCGUCUUCAUCAACGGCCGCGAACGGUUUCCACCACGGUAGUCCGACGUCUACAAUCAACUCACCAUUACCCAGGAACUCUCCCUCGAUAACAAGCUUGAGCAGGGCCAGUCCCUCGAUCAUGCAGAGCGCCAGGAGCAGUUCCCCUGCCAUGCAGGGAAGCUCCGCAGGCCUCGCCGUCACCCUCUCCUCCGGCACCAGCGCCCUCUCGACCCUCUCCGGUCUUCAAUCGACCAUCUCCAACAUCAGCACCACCGCCAACAAUCUAUACAGCAUCAACUACACCCAACCGACGACCUACGCCAGCACCAAUCCUUUCCUCACAGGCGCAUACCUGAACUACACUCCCGAAUCAACUGGUAGCUACUCCAACGACAAGUACGGCUCCAACAGCAAACCGUUCAGCUUCGAACAGAAGGAUAACGAGAUGAAGCAGUACACCUCCACCUUCGACAGCGGCAAGAAGUACGGCUACAGCGACGCCUACUCCACCCUCAGCAAAUCUCCGUACUUAGGCGUCAACUACAACAGCUCGGACAAAUACUCGAGCAAGGAUAAAGGGUAUGACUCUAGCCCGAACGCCACUCCGGGCCUCCUCGGCGUUGAAGAAACACCAACACCUACGAGCAGCAUCGAAACAGAGGAUAGCAACACCCGUGAAGUCGGCGAGAAGGACGUCGAAGGCGACGGCGAGCUCAGCGAUUAGUGAUAAAUCCUGCUUUAACCCUUAUGUAAGUCCCAUCAUGCAACCCUACUCUCGAUCGAGUAACCAACAUCACCAACUUUUUCCUUGAAACAAAAGCAAACAACAAAAUGUCAAACGAGUUGAACCUCAAGCAUACCUUGUAACAUCCCUGAAGAUCGCGAGAGCAGGCCGAGAUCUCUUUUGGAGGUGGGUGGAAAGCACACAAUCCUUCUUAAACACUUAUUACCGUGGCAGCAAUCGAGUAUAAAAGACAAACUACGCGGAGAGAGAUGUAUAAAACAUUUAAACACAAACAAAUUAAAUGGGGGAAAUCGUUCCACGUCGGAGUUUCCUGUUUUCGGCCCAUUUCAUGUCACACACCACAUCCAUACCAACCAUUAAAAAAAAUAAUGAAUGGGACGCAAUUUCAUUAU